AUGAAGCUAAAGAAUCUCGCGGCCUUGGGCUGCUUUGUACCAGUUCUAGCUGCACAGGUGGCCCAUGAGGAUGUGAAAGCACCAGCUCAUGACCAGCAAGGGGAGAAGCCCAACUUUCUCUUCAUCAUGACUGAUGACCAAGAUCUCAAACUGGACUCUCUUUCAUAUACCCCCUUGACGAUAAAGCACAUGGCAAAGAAAGGCACAAGUUUUGCCAAUCACUUUGUCACAACUGCUUUGUGCUGUCCUUCUCGCGUUAGUCUGCUUACUGGUCGUCAAGCGCAUAACACUAAUGUGACUGACGUGAAUCCUCCCUGGGGGGGUUAUCCCAAAUUCAUCGAUCGUGGUUUCAACGAGAAUUACUUACCCGUCUGGAUGCAGCAAGCAGGCUAUGACACUUACUACACCGGAAAACUGAUGAACUCCCACUCGGUCGAGAACUACGAUAGCCCGCAUGCUGCAGGGUUCAAUGGAUCUGAUUUUGUCCUGGAUCCUUAUACCUACGACUACAUGAACGCCACCUACCAGCGCAACCAUGACAAGCCGAACAGCUUUCUGGGCCGUCAUACGACAGAAGUCCUACGUGAGAAGGCUAUGGGUUUUUUGAACGAUGCGUUGAAUGGAGAAAGGCCUUUCUUCAUGGUAGUCACUCCAAUCGCGCCUCAUUCAAACAUGAAUGGGACGCAUGGAGGUGGUGCCGGGCCACUGUGGAUGGACGAGCCCAUUCCCGAAGAGCGUCACAAGCAUCUCUUUCCGGAUGCGAAGGUUCCUCGAACAGACAACUUCAAUCCCAAGCACCCAACCGGUGUCAGUUGGAUCCAUGAGCUACCAUACCGAAACGAAUCCGUGAUAGAGUAUAAUGAUCACUACUAUCGUCAGCGUCUUCGCGCCCUCCAGGGCGUUGACGAGCUGGUUGAUGGUCUGAUUACACGCCUCGAACAGUCUGGUAAAAUGAACAAUACCUUCAUCAUUUACACCUCCGACAAUGGCUUCCAUAUCUCGCAACAUCGCCUCCCCCCAGGCAAAACCUGUGGCUUUGAAGAAGAUAUUCGAGUCCCCUUCAUGAUUAGGGGUCCCGGCAUCCCUGAAAACCACGUGGAUAACACCGUCACCACACACGUUGAUAUUGCCCCGACGCUGUUCCAGCUCGCGGGUAUCUCACUCAGAUCGGACUUUGAUGGUACCCCGAUGCCAAUGAUCCAGACCAGUGGAGAUGUCCAUGAACAUGUUGCGGUUGAAUAUUGGGGGCAGGGUAUGCUUGAGGGCGGAUUGUCAAAUCUUGGAACCCCUACCGUGCCUAAUAACACCUACAAGGCCGUCCGCCUGCUGUCCACGCAUUAUAACCUUUUCUAUUCUGUGUGGUGCAAUAACGAACAUGAGAUCUAUGACUUGAGUACGGACCCAUAUUAA